UGAGGUACACUUUACACAUUGAAAGUAUUCGUGCUAGACGACCAGUUCGAGGUGUCAUUUUGACGGACCUGCAUCGUCGGCUGCGAUGUCAAUGGUGUCAUAGAGUAUGGCCAUAACUGCGAUGGAGACAAGUUGGUUAAGUGACGAGUUACAAUAGUUACCACGUGGUCCUGAGCCCUGUGUAAACACCUGACUCGUCUUUGCAUGUGACGGAUGCCAACGAUGGGGCAGGAUAAGCUCACCUUUUCGCAAACACCUUGUGCCAUCACUUCACUGCACAUCCAGUUGUUCGCUGAGUUGGCUAACACAUAGAAGCAAGAACAGGACUGAUUGGUUGGGUAAGGUGCCUUUAACAUGUCUCUUUAAUUGUCUGUUAAGACAGAUUUCAUUUGCUUGAAAACGUGGUCAGUAGAGAGGGCAAAACCCGCAAGAAUUCCACGUUAUGUAGCAGGGGGAUAUUCGUCACCAUUGCUUCCUCUGGUACUUCUUUGACAGUUUUGCAUUUAAUUCAGUGCGAUGGGUAUCUUGUCUUUUCUGUCAUAAUGUUUGAUUGUGCUCAUGUAGGAUGCAAAAUUUAAGUUGAGAUAUUUUUGGCAGUGAUUUCAUUCUCAUUUAAUUAGUCAGCAAUUUCUGUGCCAGCCACAUCCAAAUAAUUGUCAUUUAAACGUUCAGCUGGUACUUGCUGGGGAUACAUGUGUCACACUGCGAAGUGACAGUUUCUGGUAUUCUCUGUAGCCUGUAUCAUGGAAACUGUCCAAUACCAUCAUUAGUUUGGACAACAAAAACAUUAAUAAUCGUGUUUUCAGGGACUGAAUGCUCUUAAGAACUCUUCCUUUUUUAAUUGUUCAUCAAUUUUAACGAGAUUGUUUAUGGAUAUUGUUUUAUUUGACGGGUUCGUGAAUAAGGUUUGUGUGAAAAUAUAUCUUGUGUCAUAGUUAUUCCUCGAUUAAGGUUUUGUUUGAAAGAAACAUGAUUUUUGUCUACUCUGUUAUUUGCUUCCAGGUUAAUUAUAAUUGAUUUUUUGAACACUGCAGUCUAACUUCUAUAAUAUUAAACUAUUCUCUAUACUAACCGUGAGCCAGUAACAGCCAAAUUAAGUCUUCAGAUUCAACAGAAAUAUGUGUGAGAAAGCAACAGCAACCACAACACGGAAAGAGAUAGAUUUUAAGGAAGCAAAGAAUAUUCUUCAUUAUUUGUGUGGAGACGACGAAACAAGCACGGAUGACAUCAUUGACCGUUUUUCCCAGAUUAGCCCCAAAUAUGACAAGAUCUUGGAAGCAGUGAGCUAUGAUAGCCCGAUGCAGACUGCCCAGACAACUGCAGAAUUGUUCCCUGGCAACAGAGAACAUAUUUAUAUUCUCGAUGCGGCGGCUGGAACUGGACUUUGUGCAGAAAAGCUUUUCUCUUACGGUUUUCGUAAAAUGGAUGCUCUUGAACCUUCGAGCAAAAUGCUCGAGGAGGCAAAGACGAAAGGGCUCUAUCGACGAUACUUCAUAAACGGAUUAGGAGAAAAUACCCUGGGAAUUGACGAUGAAACGUAUGAUGCCGUGACCAUUUGCGCAAUGAGCACAGUGGUCAUGAAAAAGCUGCCUAUGAAAGCAUUCGAGGAGCUCAUCCGCAUCAUCAAACCAGGUGGUUACAUUAUUAAUACCGCUUUCUACUGCCUGUUCCCUGAGGACGGAGAUGACCACGCACGGUUGUAUAGAGCAAACGUGAAGACAUUGGAAUGUCACGGGAGACUAAAACAGGUGGAGCUCAGACGCUUUCCUCAAAUUGGCUUUGAUGCAGAUGGGGCCGUUUCAGUCCACAAAGUCCUUAAAUGAACUCAUGGAAAACUUGAGGAACUUUCCAUUACCUCCCAGAUGCGUGAUUUGUACAAAAUUGUAAAAUAUCGCUCUAUCUGUAUUAAUUUAGAUAUGUGAAAAAAUGAAACUUAUACUGGAAUAUUUAAAGUCAAACAUGGGCCAAAUACGUGUGUUUGGGUUGUUCUAGUCAUCCAUUCACCUGUCGAUCAUAUGGACCAAUCAAAAUGCUGAAAUUUCCUCCGUUUUGAUAUCAGCCAUGUCUCCUGAGAGUGCCUGCCUGCAUUUAUUGUCAAUUAGCCAAACCAUGAGAGUUAAAACUAACAAACCUUACCCCUAAAUACAUGUUUUGGCGAUCUGUUAUUGAAUGUGCUUUUGCAAAACGCUGACGUCAUUUGUUAGCGAUAGAAUGCGACCAAGGAUUUAUCGUUCCUUAAAGGGCCCAUCGGUCUCUGGAGAGGAUGUAUUUGUCUUGAAACAAAUUUUCAUUUCGUCAGAAAGUACAAGUACAUACAGUUUGUAAAAGAACUUUAAAUUCGAGAUAAACUGAGAGCUUCAGAAGCAGAGGAAAGAGGGAAAAUUGGAAUUCUUUGCGCGGCAGUACACUUUUCAAAGUUAGCAAAAUUCAAGAAACGGUCCAACUUAUCUGGGGGCACGUGUGGCUCAGUCGUCUAAGGCGCCGCGAUUCGCUGUGCCGAGUAACGUCCUUUCGGCACGCCAGAAACCUGUGAUUGUGGGUUCGAAUCCCGGUUCGCCCCGAUUAUGUUUCUAGGUUUGUCAGCACC